AUGUGUGAAAGUUGCUCACCAACAAACAAAAAUUGUGUUACUCCUGUUGAUGGGAAAUGCAAUAACGGUCUUUCGUUAUACAACAACUACUGUUAUUCAUGUUUCAACAACUUCACUGAUUGUGUGGAAUGUGAUAAUGUAAAGUGGGGAUGUCAUAGAUGCGCGGUUGGUAAGACUCUUUCAGAAAGUCGUUGCAAAGAAUGUGAUCUGCCCAACUGUAGAACGUGUUCAACAUCUCAAUAUAAAUGUGAUAUAUGUGAAGAGAGUUAUUAUGUAGAAAAUGGUGAAUGCACCAAACUUUGUGUAGAUGACGACAAAUGCAUUCAAUGCCGUGGACAAAAAUGUUCAAAAUGUCAGAUUGGAUAUACUCUUGAUGAGAGUUCAAAAUGUGUACAAUGCACUCCAACAACAUGCACAUCCUUUUCAGGAGAAUGUGAUGUUGGGUAUUUCCCAUUUGAUAAUUAUUGUUGGAGCACAAAAGAAUACUUUGAUGGUUGUUUGGAUGCAAGUCGAUACUCAACUAAGUGUUUAUCAUGUAAAGAUGGGUAUGGUCUUUCUAAUGACAAUAGUUGUAAAAUAUGCGAAGAAGGUUGUUCGUCGUGUGCUUUUGACAACUCGCUUUGUGUUCAAUGUAAAGAAGGAUUUGUUUAUUCAAAUGGAAAGUGUUACAAACAACGUUUUGAGACAUGUGGCACAAUGAAUCAAAUAACAGGAUGCGAGACGUGUCCGAAUUCCAAUUACACGAUAAAUGGAGAGUGUGAAACGUGUUCUUUCAAAGAUUGUUUAACUUGUUCUCCAUACGGUUGUCUUUAUUGCCAAAGGGAUUUGUUGUACGACCCCACUCUUUCGAAAUGUGUUGAACAAACACUUCCAAGAUGUGAUUUGGUGGAACGUUCGCAAUGUUUCCAUUGUGAUGAUGGGUAUUAUGUUAAUUCCAGUUUGAUGUGCGACGAAUGUCCAGCAAAUUGUGAGACUUGUAUCUAUGUUGAUGAACAAGUUAAGUGUACAAGUUGCAUAAAAAUAACACAUUAUUUGAAAGAUGAUAUUUGUGUUGAAAAGGGGAAUGAAUGUGUUAAAUCAACUUUGUCUGGAUGUUUACAAUGUGCAACGGGAUAUUCUAUUAAUAACAGUACAUGCUUACAAUGUUCAGAAAAUUGUCAGACUUGUUUAAGUACAGGUUGUGAAACCUGUCUUCCAAAUUACUUGUUGGUAAAUAAUCAGUGUGUCAAAGGUGAUUGUCAAGAUUCUACGAACAAUAUUUGCUCCUUUUGUAAUAAUGGGUAUUACAAAACUGGAAAAGAACCUAUUUGUAAUAAAUGUUUGGAUAAUUGUGAACUUUGUAAUACUGGUGAAACGUGUUCCAAGUGCAGUGUAGGUUAUAUUCUUGUCAAUAACAAACAAUGUCUUAAAAAAUCGCCAUCAGUCCGUUUGAAGGCUGAAACAACAUCGUUGAACAACAAAUGUAACGUAGAAAAUGAAUAUGGCUGUUUACGUUGCUCGGAGGGGUAUUAUGCUACAAAUAGCGGUUGUAAACCCUGCCAACAGAAUUGUUCUGUUUGUUACAAUGGUGUGGAGUGUAUGUCAUGUCAGAUGGGUUUUGUUUUGUCCAAUGGAAAUUGUGGAUUACUCAAAGACUUGGAAGGUUGUUCUGUCCCAUUUACUGAUGGUACUGGCUGUGGUUUGUGUAAGUCCGGCUAUGUUUUUAAAGACAAGAAUUGUUUGAAAUGCCACGAGUCUUGUCAAACAUGUUCCAAAGAUGAAAAUGGGUGUUUAUCCUGUUCUGAUAAUUACUUCAUGAAUGAAUCCCAUUGUUUACCCACAACAAGUAUACCAAAUUGUAUUCUUUUUGGUACACAUGGUUGUUCAAUUUGUAAUAAUGGGUAUUAUGUUGACCUCAAUGGGAUGUGUUCUAAAUGUAGAGAUAACUGUACAUUAUGUGAAGCACUUAAAAAGUGUACGAAUUGUGUUAAUGGAUUUGUUUUGUCGCAUGACCUUUGUAUAUCUAUGACUUCUUUCCACAAGUGUAUCAAAGCGGAAAAUGGUGUAUGUGUAGAGUGUGCGAAUGGGUGGUUUAUUCAGAGCGGUAUGUGCCAAGAAUUAAAGAAAGUAUGGAUUUAUGUCGUUGUAUCAAUUGCUGUUUUGGUCUUCCUUCUAGUUGUAUUGUUCCUCCUCAGUGUUAUAGCCCUUAUAUUGUUCAAGAAAAAGAAGGAUAUGAACAAAACUGUCUUUUUCAUGAAACGUGCCAAUAUGGUGUUUUUUGAUUUAAAUUCUGUUAUUAAAGUAAACACAAAGGAAAUCACAUUCGACAAGGGUUGUAUCCCAGUCACAACCAGUUCGCGAGAUCUUGUGUGUGUUGGCAACGGUGGUAAACGAGCAAUCAAGCUCCAAAUGAGUGUGGUUGAAAACGAGAGAUUUUGUUUAACAAUAAAUCCAUCGGUUGUAGUGUUAAAACAAGGCGAGGCAUGUGAAUUUGAAAUUUUGAUAAAGCCGAAUUGCACAUGUAAAAUUAACUCUGAGUUGAAGUUAGUCUAUGUUGACUUGAAGACGCAAAAAGAGGCAAAUGCUCAGAUCCACUUGAAGUGUGUCACUGAGUUAUCAACUCAUAUCGAUCCAGAAGAGCUCAAAACAGAAAUCAAAUUGGGUGAGGGUUCAUUUGGUAUUGUGUAUCUGGGUAAAUUCAGAGAACAGAAAGUUGCAAUAAAGAAGAUGAAGUCGAUGAAUCAGUACCACCAUGAUAUUGAGGAGUUCGAAAAAGAAAUAGAGAUGCUUGAAAAAUUCAAAAGUGAUUAUAUUGUUCACUUCUAUGGUGCAGUAUUUAUUCCAACAAAGAUGUGUUUAGUUUCUGAAUUUGCAGAACAUGGUUCGUUGCGGGAUUUGAUGAACCGACAAAAAGAAGAAGAAAUACCACAUUUACUCAAGUUAAAAUUCUUAUUGGAUGCUUCGAAAGGUAUCUUUUAUUUGCACGAAAACAACAUCUUACACAGAGACAUUAAGCCAGACAACAUUUUAGUGAUAUCUAAAUCCCUUGGUGAACGUAUUAACACAAAACUGACUGACUUUGGAAGCUCAAGAAACAUCAACUUGCUUCUGACCAACAUGACCUUUACCAAAGGAAUUGGCACACCAAAAUUCAUGGCUCCUGAAGUGUUGAAUGGUGAAAAUUAUCGUCAACCUGCAGACGUCUUUUCCUUUGCAGUGACGAUGUACGAGUGUUUCACUUGGACGGAGAGUUACACAAAAGACAAAUUCAAGUUUUGUUGGAAUGUUGUGGAUUUCGUGACUAAAGGGAGUCGUCUCGAGCAGACCACCUUGAUAUCAGACGAAGAAUAUGCUUUAAUCGACAAAAGUUGGAAGCCUAAUCCUCACGACCGUCUUCCCAUUGUGUCCAUAACAAACACGUUACAAUCUUUAUAUACAUCUUACAUUCACUACAAUUAA